GCUUAACAGAGAAGGCUUGUUUCUGCUUCUGCUGGUGCCCAACCCAGGAGCUCUUUCAGCUCCACUGAGGAUUUCAGCUCAACACAGUUUUAAGCAUCGUUUCCCACCUCGCUGCUGUUCCAAGAUGUCAGGAGAAAGCAACUGCAAGGUAAAACACAGAUCCCACCACCCUUCCAAGAACUUGAACCAGCACGAGGCACAAGAACACCCCAAUUCCUGGUCUCUGGAGAUGCUGUUACGCAGACUGAGGGCCACAGAAGCCAACCAGGAUGACAAGUUUGCCCACAUCCUGGAUGCGGUGGGGGAGUUCGGCACGUUCCAGCGGAGACUGGUGGUCCUCACCUUCAUCCCCAACAUCCUGUUGGCCUUCUUUAUCUCUGCCGACGUCUUCGUGUUCACAGCCCAGAAGCCCUAUUGUAAUACCAGCUGGAUUCUAGCAGUGGGCCCCAACCUCACAGAGGCUGAGCAGAUGAACCUGACCCUGCCCCGAGAACCCAAUGGAAGUUUCCAGACGUGCCUCAUGUACUUGCCCGUAGCCUGGGACCUGGAUUCUAUCAUCCAGUUUGGCCUCAACCACACAGAGUCAUGCCAAGAUGGGUGGAUCUACCCUGACACCAAGAAGCGAUCACUGGUCAAUGAGUUUGACUUGGUGUGUGGCAAGGAGCAGAACUCGGAGAGCAUGCAGACCAUGUUCGCCGCGGGCAUCCUGACCGGGUCCCUCAUCUUCGGGCUCAUGAGUGACAAGCUGGGCCGCUACCCCACCAUCCUGAUGUCGCUGCUGGGGCUGAUCGUCUUCGGCUUCGGGACAGCCUUCGUCAACACCUUUCACCAGUACCUGUUCUUCCGCUUCGGCGUGUCCCAGGCCUUGGUGGGCUACACCAUCAGCAGCGUGUCUUUAGCCACUGAGUGGCUAGUGGCUGAGCACCGGUCCCAUGCCAUCAUCCUGGAACACUGCUUUUUCUCUGUGGGAGUCAUGUUCCUGACAGGGCUUGCCAACAGCCUUCCCCACUGGCGGCUGCUGUUUCUGGUGGGUGGUGCACCUGUGUUCCCCCUCAUCUUCUAUAUCUGGAUCCUGCCGGAGUCCCCACGGUGGCUGUUGAUGAACGGGAAGUUGGAGGAAGCGAAGCAGAUGCUGUGCUACGCGGCGGGCGUGAACAAGAAGACCAUUCCCCUAAGUCUGCUGAACAAGCUCCAGCUGCCCAGAAAGAAGGUGACUAAGGCGUCUGUCCUGGACUUCUAUAACAAUAGGCACCUCCGAAGGGUGACCCUGGUGAUGGGCUGUGUGUGGUUUACUGUCAGUUACAGCUAUUUUACGCUGUGCUUCAAGUUGAAGGAUUUUGCCAUGAACAUCCACUUCGGACAAGUGAUUCCUGGCAUCAUGGAGGUGCCCGCCCGGCUGUGCUGCAUCUUUCUCCUCGAGCAGAUCGGGAAGAAGUGGAGCCUGGUUGCGAGCCUCUUCCAAGGCACCCUGACGUGCCUGCUCGUCCUUAUCCUCCCCCCAGAGCUGAAAUCCAUAAUGGUCUUGAUGGUCGCGCUUGGAGAGUUCAGCCUGGCGGCCUCGGUCACCGUGUUCUUCAUCUACACCGCUGAGCUCCUGCCCACGGUCCUCAGGGCGACAGGUCUGGGGCUGGUGUCCCUGGCCUGGGCAGCUGGAGCCAUCUCGUCCCUGAUGAUCAUCAGCCAGAGACUCACCCUCCUCCCCAUCCUCCUCUGCUGCGUCUCAGCCAUCCUGGCCUUGUUCUUCUGCUCCCUGUUGCCAGAAACGCAAGACCAGCCUCUCCCUGAUAUCCUGGAGCACUACCCCCUACAGACAAGAAGUCUGCCCAGCUCUCCCGGAUGCUGCCGCGACCCCCUCCGUGCAGCCUGGCCUCUGCCAGCUCCCACCCUCUUGGCUCUCCUGACCAACCCCGGGCCAGGUCUUCCCCUCUCCCUUCCCCUCUGUCUGCCUGUCCGGACUGGGUGCUGUCCAUGGAGAUGCCCUGGGCUCCCUCCCUCCCAUGGCAGAGGGACUGGCUGGCCACCAGCUCUCUGAGUACCUCUGAUUUCCGGUCUGAACUCUCGGGUUCUCAAAGAGGACCCAGUCUUGAUUCGUGACCCUGACUUCAAGGCUGCAGCAGCCCAGGGCCCCGUUUGGGAAUUGGGCUCCAUCCUGAUUGCCCCAGGGGUACUUCUGGCCUCUGGUCUCUUCUGGUCUCAUGACUAGCAGGACCAUGUCUCCCGGGGUUUGGGCCGAUAUGGCCCGUCGCUCUCCCCCUGGACCUGAGGGGACCUGAGCACCAGUGAGGGACAGAGGCUGGCUGAUGUCCUCCAGUGCCCUGUGCUCAUAUCACAGGGUGGCUGUCUCUGGCCAUCCUCUGCCCUCUUCCCCGUCUCCCUCCCUCCUCAAACUCUUCUUGGCACCAUCUGUGCUAGGCGUUGUCAGAGGUAAGAGGUCCCCAGCCUCAAGCAAUAUUUUAUGGGGAGAAAGUCUUCACUUAAUGGGCUCUGAGGGAGGGAUGCACAGGACCUAUAGACGGCCCAGGAGGGAGGACCUUCAGCUUGGGGAGUUGAGGCAGGCGUCACAGAAGAAGUGACAUUUGAGUAGGGCUUUGAAGGAUGAAUAGGAGUUUGUCCCCUUGUAGAGAGGGGGAAAUGCAAAGCAGCAAGAGGAGCUAAGAAACAGCCCCUGGAGCCAGAGGGCCUGGAUUUCUGUCUCUGCUGCCACAUCCUAGCAUGUGCCCAGGGGAGUUACCUAAUACCUCUGAGACUCAGCUUUUUCAUUUGCAAAAUGGAAUGAUACCAGAGUAAUAAAAACAGCUAACCUUUA